UAGUUCAUUUUUUUACGCCUAGUCUCUUGGAUGUUAUCAAAGAUUUCAGUAGUUUUUAUUUAUCCCAAGGAAUCGGUUCGUGUUUGAUCAGCAGUAAAGGCCCCACAACCAGGAGCUAAAGCAAUAUAUUCAACUGCAAUGGAUAACUCGGCAGCCAGUGUGGUGUACUCCAAUCCUUUCUACGCUCAAAAUUACACCGGAGCCGGAGAACUUGACCAGCAGCCGCAGGAGGAGCUCCAGAAUCCGAACCCGAAUCCGAAUCAGCACCAGAUGUUCCAUGCCAACUUUAUGGAUCUUGAGCUAGGACCUGCCCUGAAUCCCAAUCCCAAUCCGCAACAGAAUACGGGUCCUGGCCGAAGUCCCCGGAGGGCUUUCAAUGAUAUCUAUCGCUAUGAGAACGGCAGCGGCGAUGCCACUGGAAAUUUAUUAUUAGGCCGGGAUGAGGACCGCUUUUGCAACGUAGAGAGAGGAGAGGAGGAGGACGCGGUGGCGGCUCAUUUGGACGAGCCCUUGUCCAUAUCACCCUCCUCCUCUGUGGUGGCCAGCACCUCAUCCUCAUGCCCCACAUCGCCAGGAGAUUCCCUGAACCAGGAGAUGGAGACCGACCGGAGGGAGGAGCAAGUGGAUGGGGAAGAGAUGACCGAAAUGGUGGAGUUUGGAGCACUUAACCAGCUAACCGAGGAGGAGCAGCGGGAGCAGCGACCGCCCUUCUCGCCCAGCAUGGGUGGCAACACCUCCUACAUGGUCUUCCCCCGCACCGCCGCCGACUUCAUGCCCCGCCUGCCGCUACCCAGGCACAACCUCUACCUGAAUGUUGGCCAGGAGCAGUACGUCAUCCAGCAGGAAACGAUCUUUGUGCUGGGCAUGCGCUUGAAUGUGACCAAGAACGAUAUUAUCGUGUUCUUUGGCAAGCUGGGCAUGAUCAAGAUGGACGAGGUCACGAACAAACCGAAGAUAUUCGUCUACAAAAACAAGAUGACGGGUCGCUCCAAGGGUGAGGCCACCAUUACCUACACGACUCCCUUUUCGGCACAGGCGGCCAUUAGCUGUUUGAGUGGAGCCAAGUUCAUGGGUCAAACGCUGACCGUGCUGCCCGCCUAUCUGUCCACCCGAAGGGGCAGUGUCCGCUAUAUUUAUCCCAAGGAGCUGAACUGCCCGGAGAACCAACGUCGCCAGCGGGCGCUGAGAUGGAAGCCGGCCAGCGACAACUGGGUGUGCAUGAUCUGCCGGAACAGCAACUUCGUGUGGCGCGCCAGCUGCAACAGGUGCCAGGCGGCCAAGUUGACUGCUGCCCAGGAUCGGGGGGCAUCUGGAACGGGAUCGGGAGCCAGCAAGGCCCGUCGUUGGCGGCCACAGAAGACCGAUUGGCCCUGUGCCUUGUGCUUCAAUCUGAACUUUUGGUAUCGCGCCAAGUGCAACCGCUGCCAGGCCCCGAAGUCCGAUGAUCCUCCAGCCUCUGGCUCCGAUUCGGAGGAGGAUACCUGGGAGCUGUUGCUCAAUCCGCCCAGCCCAGAGGCUUCCCAUGACUCGCCAUCCCCUCCAUAGGCGUUGCCGCAUCCCAUCUGUAAACGUUGCCGCAUCCCAUCUGUAAACGUUGCAGCAUCCCAUCCAUAGACGUUGCCGCAUCCCUUCCUAGACGUUACCUCAUCCCAUUUGUGUCUGUCGUAGACGUAUCCGUACCCGUUACCGUUUGUGUAUCCGCAUCUUUUUGUACGUGUCUAUUGACGAACUACAGUUCUACUUUCCUAUCCGGUCCUCUUAAAAUUUCUAGUGAUGCGUCGUGUGAUCUACGAGCUUUAAAUGCCAUCCGCGACGCCCAGCAAAAGCCGUGUAAGAAAGAAAGAAAAAACCCCCCAAAAUUCCUGUUCAUAUCGAAUCCUAAAAAAGCAUUCCAAAUGCAAUACUAUAUCGCCGCCGCAGCAAUCUUUUGUCAGGAGCCCCUGAGAUUGUGGGACAAUGCAGCUUGCUGAAUGGUAAUCCACUUAAUCCGGGUAACUGAAUAUUUUACCCGGGCACAAAAGGCAACCGGACCAAACCACCUGGCGAGCUCUAAACGUUUAAUGAAUUUAUUUACUUUCCCGACGCCCGCAGUCACUGGCUCAUUGGCUCUGUGGAACUGCACUGAAAAUCGAAAACUCCGUUUAUAUAAGGCCGAAAUUGUUUAAUAAAAUUUGUUUUCUUUUUAA